CACUUUUAUUUGCUUGGUCUUAUAUUACACUUGGCAGGUAGACUGAAACCAACGGAUACCCCUGAAGGACAUACAACCAGUGCUCAACGGGACGGAACACAACUGAUAUAUCAUCUUGACCACUUUGGAUUUAAUUCUUAAGCAUAAUGUCUGCGCUUAACGGCUCAGUGAAUUUGCUGCGUGGCGCAGUAAGGUGUCAGAUCAUCCCCAGAAGCAGUAUUUCUACAAAGCCUGCCAAGAAUCACAUAUCAGCGGGCGAGCAAUGCAUUGCCUUGAUAUCCAUGUUCGUAGCCAUCCUGGGUCCAUCCGGUUGGAUUUUAUCACACCUUGAAGACUACAAGAAGCACUAAAAGAGAGAGAUGGAGGAAGAAAAAGAGAGAGGAGACCGAGAUUCGAGGCCACCUGUAUCUCACUACUUCCUGCCUCCUCUACACCUACACUAUUUGUAUCAGUCUGCUGAUUACUAAAUAAAUAUACCAACCAAAAACUCCA